AUGGGACCUCUUAUGAUUUAUUCAUGUAACAUUGUUUGGUAUCUUUUAUUGGUUUUAUGUGUAGUACUUAGAAUCCACCUUGUCCAAGCUAACGGUUGGCUUAGCGCUCAUGCAACGUUCUAUGGGGCCAAUCAAAGUCCAACCAGUCUUGGAGGAGCUUGUGGUUAUGAUGAUACCUUUCAUGCUGGAUUUGGAGUGAACACUGCAGCAGUAAGCACUAUGCUUUUCAGAGAGGGUGAGGUUUGUGGUGCUUGCUACCAAGUGAUAUGCGACUAUAAAAUAGACCCAAAAUGGUGUCUUAGAAGUCGAAGUGUCACAAUAACUGUGACUAAUUUUUGUCCUCCAAACAAUCACGGUGGAUGGUGUGAUCCUCCUAACCAUCACUUUGAUAUGUCCAUGCCUUCUUUCUUUAACAUUGCACGACAAGGCAGUGAAGGCAUUGUUCCUGUGCUUUAUAGAAGGGUGGCAUGCAAAAGAAGAGGUGGAGUUAGGUUUACAUUGAAGGGGCAAUCAAACUUCAACAUGGUGAUGAUAACAAACGUGGGUGGGAGUGGUGAUGUGAAGGGAGUGUGGAUGAGAGGAUUGAGAAGUGGAGGUUGGUUGGCAAUGCAUAGAAAUUGGGGUGCGAAUUGGCAGAGCAGCGCAGAUCUAAGGAACCAGAGACUCUCGUUUAAGAUUAGUUUGGUUGAUGGUAAAACAUUAGUGUUUCUCAAUGUGGUUCCUUCCAAUUGGAGAUUUGGACAGACAUUUUCAUCCCACACUCAAUUCUUUUAG